AUGGGUAGAAGAAAAUCUGCUGGUAAUACUACCAAUGUAACUUCUGUUCCAGAACCAUUACAUAUCCAAGAAUUACAAAAUUAUAUCGAUUUUGGAUCACAAAAAAUUGAAUCAAUUAGAAAUGCAUUUUUACAACAGAAUAGACAAAUUGCUAAGGAAAAUUCAACUUUGAAAAUGAAAUUAAAUGAAAUGGAAUCAAAAUUAAAUCAAUUAAUACAAGAAAAUAUGUUAAUACGAUCAAAAUUAUCAUUAGCUGAAUUAUCGUACAAAGAAAAAUUGAAUGAAAAUUUGAAAAUAUUAGAAGAUACACUUUUGAAAAAAUUUCAAGAUAUAAUAUCAAUGUUUGAUACAAUCAGAGAAAAUGAAUCAAUUGAAUUAAAUGCUUCCUCUUCAAGAAUCUUUCAACAACCAAGCUCAUCUAUCCCAUCUUUACCACCCUCUUCUUCCUACGACAAUGAUCAUUCAGUGAAUAAAAAGAAACGUAAAUCUUCGAGAAGACAAUCAAUGUUCAUACCAAGUGAUUUCGAAUUUACAACUAAUAUUGAUCACGGUAAAUCUAAUCCGAUUAUCCAUCAAGAUACCAUUGAAAAGACACCAGAUAUUAUCACAACUAAUAAUGAGGGUAAUAACAACAACGAAUUUUCUCCCCAUAUAUAUGAUGAAGAAAUCCCAAUAGAUUAUAAUGACAAUUCAUUGAACCAUACAAACUCAAUUAUAGAUUAUUCAAUUCCUGAGGAAAAUAAUAUAGCUAAUGACAAACAAACAACGCCCGUUUCAUCUGUCCCUACGACUGCUAAAGAAACAAUAGUAAAUAAAAAACAUGCAAUCAAUCCUCCAAGAAUACAGUCAAAAAAGAAAAAAAUCGUCGUAGAUGAAGUCAUGCCACUAUCUUCUUCAUCACUAAUGAAUAGUACUCCAAAAAGGAGAACUCGUGGUAAAACUGUAGAUUAUAAAUUACCUUCUUUAAGAGCAAAGAUGAGAAGACCUACCGAAAAGUUAGUCGACGCAACAACCACCAUCGAUAUUCAUGACUUACAAGUUAACUAUUCAAAGAAAAAUAACAGCAAAUCAACCCAAAAUAUCUCUGAUCCUAAUAAUACUAAUUGCAUUACUAAAAUUCAUCCUUCUCCUAAUCUAUCUAACAAUGAAAAUAUCUAUACUAUUCAUCACGAAAAUUCUACUUCUACAAACCAAUCUCCAUCUAAAAAUAGUUCAACUGCACUAUCUGAUAUUACCAACACAAAUAUACCUACCAAGAAAAAAAUAGCCAUCAAAACUAGAAAAUUGUUUAAAAAUGCAAUAAUAAACGAUUUCAACGAUCAAAAUUCAGCACCUUUAUCUUCAUCUUCAUCGGCAUCUAAUACAAAUAACAAAUCUGUCAGUUUCAGGCUAAGUGAUGAUGAUUUAUCAAUAUUUGAUCUCUUUGAGAAUACAAGUAAAAAUAAUCAAAAGAAAGGUCUUUACAAUAGAACACAUCAAAAUAAUACAACUUUAAAGGGUAAGAAAGUCUUAAAUCUUUGA